AUGAGAUCUCAAUUUCAAAUUUCUGCAACACUGCUGUCAUUUCUUAUUUUUCUUGUAGUUUCAAAUACACUUUCAGUCGCCUUUAAUGACGACAUUAUCGAUUGUCUUUUCAUUGAAACCGAAGGUCUUCCAAUCCCAAUCUACACAGCAGGAGACGCUUCAUUUACAAAAAUAUUACAAUAUCCUACACAUAAUCUAAGGUUCUUAUCGCCUUCAAACCCGAAACCGAACCUCAUUGUAACACCAUUGAAUGAAGAUGAUGUCCAAACAGUUCGUUUUUGUGCUGAUUCAUAUGGUUUUCGUGUCAAAAUUCGAAGUGGUGGUCAUGAUUAUGAAGGUCUUUCUAUUGUAUCUGAUGAAGCUCCGUAUUUAAUCCUCGACAUGUUCAAUCUACGGUCAGUUGACGUCGAUGUAAAUGAGAAAACUGCAUGGGUUCAGUCUGGUGCGACUUUAGGUGAGCUUUAUUACGCAAUCGCUGAGAAAAGCAAAACGCUUGCGUUUCCCGGAGGGCUUUGUGCGACGGUAGGUGUUGGUGGGCAUUUAAGUGGUGGUGGUUAUGGAACUUUGCUGAGAAAAUAUGGACUUGCUGCUGACCAGGUCAUUGAUGCUAGAAUAGUCAACGUGCACGGUACAACUCUUGACAGAACAUUAAUGGGGGAGGAUUUGUUUUGGGCAAUCAGAGGAGGUAGCGCCGGUGGAAGUUUCGGUGUUAUUCUUGCAUGGAAGGUGAAAUUGGUUUCUGUUCCGCGUACCGUGACCGUUUUUAGUGUUGGCAGAACACUAGAAGAAGGUGCGACUGAACUUGUUCAUAAAUGGCAGUACGUCGCGGAUAAAUUCCCCAAAGAGCUCUUCAUGAGGAUCGCUUUCCAUCUGACGAAUUCUAGUAAGACGGGGGAGAAAACAGUGACAGCUUUCUUCGAUACGUUGUACCUUGGUGGUGCUGAUGAACUAGUUUCUUUGUUGGAACAGAGAUUUCCUGAAUUGGGUAUACAGCAAAAGGAUUGUAAAGAAAUGAGUUGGAUCCAGUCUGCGUUAUAUUUCGGCGUACGACCAUAUAAUGGUUUGAAUCCUCUGCAUGAUUUAUUGAGUAGAGAUGAAGACAAGAGUACUUAUAAGGCGAAAUCUGAUUACGUGAAAGAACCCAUUUCGAUAACUGGAUUAAAAGGAAUUUGGAAAAGAUUAUUAGAAGAAGAAAAGCCUGUGAUGGUCUUCGUUCCUUACGGCGGAAUAAUGGAUGAGAUAUCGGAAUCUGAGAUUCCGUUUCCUCAUAGAAAGGGAAAUAAGUUUAUGAUCCAGUACUUGGUGUAUUGGAAUGAGAAAGGAGUCACUCAAGGAGCUGCACAUCAUAUGAAAUGGAUCAGGAAUCUGUAUGCGUACAUGGAGCAGUAUGUUUCUAAGAAUCCAAGAACUGCGUAUAUCAACUACCGAGAUAUCGAUUUAGGCCGCUACAUGAAUGGCACAGGAAGUUACUCACAAGGUGAAGCUUGGGGAAGGAAGUACUUCAAUGGUAAUUUUGAUAGAUUGGUAAAAGUGAAAAGUAUAGUUGAUCCUGAAAACUUCUUUAGAAAUGAACAGAGCAUUCCAACUCUUUCUGAAUCUUAAUUACCAGCUCAUGGAUGCAAAUAAAAUGGCCU